AUGGAUGAUCAGGUCGAAUUCGAUAUUAACGAGUCUUUGAAGCUGUACCUCAGCGAUGUGACGACCAUCACUACUCCUGAGGCGAAUCCAGAACUGAUCGACGGCGAGAAUGACCCAGACAGCCUGACACCCGGGCUGGUGGACAGUGUGUUGGACUCGGUGAUAGACUUGAUUACGGAAAACCCAGAAGGACUGUUCAGAAGUUCGACAUUUGAUACUCUACAGUUUCUAUUAAAGCAUUCAUCCGUCCUGUCUACUCAAUCUCUGAGUAAGAUUCUCAAUCUGAUCGUUUCCGGACUGUCAACCUCUGCAGAUGUUGCAAAUCACGACAUUGAAAAUGACGAACAAGAGACCUUGCCACAGCACAAACGCUUGCUCGAAAUGUACGCAUUCCUUCUUCAGUGGUCCAUCUCCGCCGUCGAAACAAAAGCGCAGGAGAAGUCGAGCACAGGGCCGGCUAGAAGAGGUGGCAAAGGCGCAAAAUCAAAGUCGACUGCCAAAGACAAUGCUUGGGAUUCUUCCAGCCAAAUCCAGAAUGCAAUGGAUGUCAUGUGUCGAGUGAUGAAGCUCAAGCUGAAUCGCAUCUUCCAGACUACCUCUGAUCGGGACACGUUCAUCAAUCUGUUUACGAGAUCCAUAUACCUGAUCAUGGAGAGUGAGGCCAGAGUCAAGAUUACCGCGGUGCGCAUGUUUUGCUUCAAAGUGCUCUGUGUCGCCGUGAAGCAUCAUGGCCACGCUCUUGGGGCACAGACCUCAAUCGUCCAGAAUCUCACGUACUUUGAACAUUUGUCAGAGCCCAUGGCCGAGUUUCUCCACAUCCUGUCAGAGCAGUACGACUACCCUCAGCUGUCUGCCGAGAUUCUCCGAGAGCUGGCUGCAAAGGAAUUCAGUCAGAGUGACACCAAAGGGCCAAAGUCGGUUUCGGCCUUUAUAAUAAAGCUUUCAGAGCUCCAACCGAGACUCGUGAUUAAGGAGAUGGGCCUUCUUGCCAAAUUUCUUGACAGCGAGGCACACACCUUACGAUGUGCAGUGAUUGAAGUCUGUGGGAAUUUGCUUGUAGAUCUAAGCAAACAAGAUGAGAAAACCGAAACCACCAAGAUACAGAUCAAUGCUUUCUUCGACACCCUUGAACAGCGAUUUCUUGACACAGCCCCAUUCUGCAGAGUACGGGCAAUGCAAGUUCUCGCCAAGAUAUGCGACCUGGAGCAGAAGUUUCCUAAGAGGAGACAGAAUGCCGCCGAACUUGCCAUGCAGAGUCUCCAGGACAAAAGCAGUAAUGUUCGACGGAAUGCUAUCAAGCUUUUGAGGAAGCUGGUUUCUUCACACCCAUUUAGCCUCAUGCAUGGUGGACAACUUUCACACAAAGAGUGGAUAGAGAGACUUGAGGCAGUCGAAUCACAGUUGGACGCCCUGAAGCCCCCCCCCGACUCACCUGGGCUGGCCCGGACGGCUGCAGGUGAAGAGCGAGUUGACCAAGAACUCCUUGACGAUGCAACCCAGGCAGAGGAAGAGCCAAAAGAGCUGACUGAAGAAGAGAAAAUUGCUGCGGUGAAGAAGGCGCAAGAAGAGGCAGCAACGUCUGAACUCAUAGGCAAACUCCAACUGACCCGCAAAUACUAUCUCGAGGCUCUCAAAUUCAUCGAAAUCAUACAUGAGGCCUCUGAAAUCGCCGUCCAGCUAUUGUCGUCACCCAACAAGACUGAGGUCAUCGAUGUGAUGGACUUCUUUGUCACGAUUGACGCGUUCAAGAUCGAGACGGCCCGGAAAGGGAUCCGUCGAAUGCUGCGCUUGAUCUGGACGAAAGGAAACAGUGAUGAAGGCAAAGGAGUCCAGAACCAUCUAAUCGACAACUACAAAAGUCUCUUCUUUGAUGCCCCUGAGAUGUUUAGUACCAAUGAUGCUGCCAAUUUCGUUGCCAGGAAUAUGAUCAGCUUGACAUUCGGUGCAACACCUGCAGAGUUGACCUCGCUGGAACAGCUGCUGAGCACUAUGUUCAAGGCCGGUCAUAUUCCCGAGUUAGUGAUUACGAAAUUGUGGCAGGUAUACGGCGUCAACAAGGAAAUCUCCAGAGCCCAGAGGAGAGGUGCCAUCAUCGUCUUGGGAAUGAUUGCUCUCGCAAGUCCUGAGGUUGUGGUGAAGGAGAUUGACACGAUGUUGCGAGUCGGUCUCGGACAGCUAGGGCGAAAUGACCUCGUGCUCGCCAAGUUCACCUCUGUUGCUCUCCGACGCAUGAUCCCAACAGCGAAGAAGGUGCAAGAGAAGACUGCUUCUGCGGGUCUCUCGAAGAUGUCCAACAACCACGAAGUUCUGCGUAUGCUUGCAUCCAUCCUCCUGACCACCUCGGCAAGCAAGGACUGGUAUGGGAUGGCAGAACAAGCGAUCAGCGCAAUCUACGUCCUUUCUGAUCAUCCAGAUGUCCUGUGUUCUGAAGUGCUGAGACAGAAGACUCGGCUUGUCUUUCAACAGACGAAAGACCUGUCGUCGCUAUCGAGGACGUCUUCUCCCGAACCCGAUGCGAUGGACAUUGACGGCGAAGAGCUAGUCACAAACCCAGAGACCGAACCACACGAGCUGGAACCUACAGAAACCAAGCAGGAGAAGCCUUCGAUUGCGCUCUCACAGCUCUUGUUCACUGUCGGCCACAUUGCCAUCAAACAAAUCGUGCAUCUUGAGUUAUGUGAACUCGAUUUCAAGCGACGGAAACAGGACCAAGAAAAGAACAAGCCAGUGGCCAACCCUUCCCCUGACAAGUCAUCAGGUCCCCCGUCGGCUCAACGGAAGAAGACUGCGGCAGAAGAAGUCCUCGUAGAGAAGCAGAAAGAGGAAGAAAAGGAUGAGCUUGACUUGAUCGGUGGCACGACCGAAGAUGACUUCACCGAGGCUAUUGCGCAUAUUCGAGAACGAGAGUUGCUCUACGGUCCACAUUCGUUGCUCGCAAAUUUCGGCCCUCUGGUAACGGAAAUUUGUGCAAACAAUACAGCUUACAAAGACCGAAACCUCCAAGCUCAGGCGACAUUGUGUCUAGCGAAACUCAUGUGCGUGAGCAGUGAGUAUUGCGAGAAGAACUUGCCACUCCUGAUUACGAUUCUAGAGCGGUCCACUGACCCGAUUGUCCGGUCAAAUGCUGUGAUUGCGUUGGGCGACAUGGCGGUGUGCUUCAACCAUCUCAUUGACGAAAACACGGACUUCCUCUACCGCCGGCUUAAUGACGCCGACGAAAGUGUGAAACGAACUUGUCUUAUGACAUUGACCUUCCUCAUCUUGGCAGGACAGGUUAAGGUGAAAGGUCAACUGGGAGAAAUGGCCAAGUGCCUGGAAGACGGUGAUAAGAAGAUUGCUGAUCUGGCACGCAUGUUCUUCACCGAGUUAGCCACCAAGGACAAUGCUGUGUACAAUCAGUUCGUCGAUAUGUUCAGUGUGCUCACCCAAGAGGGGCCGUUGGAAGGUGGAGUUAUGGAAGAGGAAGCAGUCAAGAGGAUUUUGAAGUUCUUGUGUGGAUUUAUCGAAAAGGACAAGCACGCCAAAAAUCUGGCCGAAAAACUCGCAGCCCGACUUAAUAGGUGUGCUAAUAAACGUCAAUGGGACGACACAGCAUACGCGCUGUCCUUGCUGCAGCAUAAGAAUGAGGACAUUGUGAGGAGGAUUCAGGAGGGGUACAGAGUGGUAGAGACGGAGGCGUAA